AUGCGAGCAAGAAAGUUAUCGAUCUUCGCGAACUUCACGUUUUCUGUAUUAUUAUUGUAUCUCCUCUAUAUAGAAUCUCCAAAAUCAACUCUCUAUGACAAUAACCUACCGUUCAAACCAAACGUGCCUCUUCCCAGACCCUAUGGCCCCAUGAGUAGUAGUUGUAAUAUCAACUCAGUUGUGGACUCGGAGCAUAAAGAGAAGGAGUUAGAUCCGUUGUUACCUCCUCGUAAAGCUAGCAAGAACCAGAGAAUUGACUGGUUCAGAAGAAAGCUACCUGAGCUGGAGAUACUGAAAUCGACUACCAAGAGCAAGAGUUUCCAUACAAGAGUUUUGGACUUGUACAACAAGAAUUGCUCUGCUCAGUUCUUUAUGAUUUGGCUUUCUCCUGCAAAUUCUUUUGGACCAAGAGAGAUGUUAGCUAUUGAUACUCUCUUCACCACCAAUCCUGGUGCUUGCUUGGCGAUUUUGUCCAACUCCUUAGACUCCCCAAACGGAUACACUAUCCUUAAACCAUUGUUUGAUCAAGGUUUCAACCUCAUUGCUGUAACUAUAGAUAUCCCGUUUCUCGUCAAGAACACUCCUGCUGAAGCUUGGCUGAAAAGGCUAAAGAGUGGCAACAUGGAUCCCGGUUCUAUCCCCUUGUUCAUGAAUCUCUCUGAUCUAACAAGACUCGCAGUACUCUACAAAUACGGAGGAGUCUAUCUAGACACAGACAUCAUCUUCCUCAACGACAUGACAGGACUAAGAAACGCUAUUGGAGCACAGAGUAGUGAUCCAGCAACCAAGAGAUGGACGAGACUAAACAACGCAGUGAUGGUCUUUGACAUCUACCAUCCGCUAAUGCGAGAAUUCUUGCAAGAGUAUGCCACAACUUUCGACGGAAACAAAUGGGGAUACAACAGCCCUUACCUAGUCUCUAGAGUUAUCAAGAGAUUAGGAAACAAACCUGGAUACAACAAUCUCACAAUCUUUUCUCCCGAUGCUUUCUAUCCAGUAAACUGGAUCAAAAUCCAAAAGCUUUUCAAGAAACCUGCAACCACAAGAGAAGCAAAAUGGGUAGAGAAGACAGUACAGGACAUGAACAAAGGGAGUUACAUGAUACAUCUGUGGAACAAAGUCACAAGGAAGAUUAAGAUUGAAGAAGGAAGUGUAAUGCACACUCUCGUCUCCACUCACUGCACAGUCUGCGGAAACAUCACAAACUCUCACAUUUAAAGAUCCAAACAGAGACAGAUGAUUCAUCCAUCUGAUCUAUCUAAGUAUAUAGAUUCUCGUUCUUAGUUUGCUUUA